AACCUGCUAUUACUGUGCGUUGCAUUUAGAUAACCAUGACGAGAGAGACAGACAGAGUCUGUCUGGCUCCGAUGCUGGCAGUUCUCGCUGCAGUCUACGGGUGGCUUCUCCUUUCACAGAGGCAGGGAAAAGUAAAAUGACACAGGCCAGGAUAGACGAAUGUCACCGAGCAGUGACUAAGUUUGUUGUAAAAGGCUUGCACCCUUUUGCCACAGUAGAUGCCCCCGAGUUUCCGUAAGUGAAUGUUUCUUUAAUUGUAGGCUAAGUCAGGGAAUGUCAAAGUUGCAUGUUCUCCUCUUACCAGAUGUUUCAUCCGUUUCCAUUUCUAUAUCUUUUAAAGAAAUGAUAAAGACUCUGAACCCUAAGUACAAAGCCCCAAACAGAGACAGUUUAACCAACCACUUGAUCCCUGCUUGGUAUGCAGUCGAAAAGGCAAAUCUGAUUUCUCAGCUGAAACAUGUGUUGAAGGCAGCCAUCACUGCAGAUGGAUGGACAAGUUUUAGUCAAGAUCAUUACCUCACAGUAACGCUGCAUUAUGUCAGGAAUGGCCAGACUCAUGAAAAAGUCCUCAAAACCAAACCAGUGUACCAGGCACAGACAGGGACAGCUGUAGCAGAGGAGAUUGAUGAGAUCUUGGGGGAGUAUGGUAUCAAAGACAAGAUUGUGGCAGCCACUGUUGAUAAUGCGGCCAACAUGGAUGUAGCUGUCAAAAAGCUACAAAUUCUCAAGUUUCCAUGCUUUGCACACACCCUGAACCUUGGAGCUCAGAAGCUCUACAACUGUCCUGCCAUUUCCAACUGGGCGGCAAGAAUUCGCUCUGUGAUUGUAUGGAUGAAGAGGUCCCACAUGGCAAAAGUGGUCCUGAAGGAGAAGCAAGAGUUGCUCAAGCUGCCCAAGCAUAUGCUGCUCCUAGAUGUAAAGACCAGAUGGAACUCUUUGUAUUUGAUGAUGGAGAGAUUCUGCAAGCAGUUUCCUGCCAUCCAGGCUGCAGCCAUCGAUCCACGGAUAAGAAAGUCCAUAGAAAAGGAAAGACUGGCUAAAAUGGGCAAUGAUGACUUAAGAAAAGCAGAGGAGUUUGUGGUACUCAUGUGGAAGCAUUACACCUCCACACUAGCAGUGUCCAGUGACAAAAGUCCGACCUGUGGUGAGAUUUUGCCCAUCCUGCAAAAGCUACAGCAACACUACACCGUACAAGAAGAUGACUCUGCCUUCACAAGGAGCAUAAAGGAGAACAUUUGGAAAGAUCUUUCCAAACGAUACCAGGACGCUGAUAUCAAGAGCUUCCUGGAGGAGGCCACCAUCUUGGACCCCCGAUUUAAAUCCAAAGUGGAUAAGGAUGAAGUCUGGCACAGGAUCAGGGAAGCAGCAAUUGCAGCAAAGACAGAGGCAGGAGCAGAUGAGCACCUGGAGCAAGGAGACACACAGGGAGAGUUAUUCAAAGAUGAGGAUGAAGAAGACUAUGCGCCACCAGUAAAGCAAAAAAAAAAAAAAAAAAACGGCCUUCGAGGAACUCUUUGAAGAAGAGGACAACGAGCUGCAGUCAUUCCAACAACGGCAGCCCGUUCUUUCCCUGGCC